AUGAAUCGACUUUAUCCAUCAUUGGAUUCAGUCGCCGAUCAACCAGCGGCGACAAAUUACCGUCAAACAGCUUCCCACCAUCAAUCAUCAGAGAGUAUCGAUGGCUUUUAUGAUUGUUCAAAAGAUUUACCCGUAGACACACACUCCCUCACCACAUCCACCCUCAAUGCACGUGAUUCAAGUUCAGAUCAGUGUCCAUUGUGUAAUCAGACGUUCAAAAACUUGGCUGAACAUGUUCAACAGUGUCUAGCUGAGGAUGACCGAAAGAACAACGAACAUCGGGGAGCAUCAUCAAUACCACAAAACGAUGUGCAGAGUGCCAGCGCUCCAAGUAAGAAGUCUACUCGAGAUUGUAUUUGGUGUUUCAAAUCGGUUCCUGAAAAGCAUUAUGCAGCUCAUGUUCAAACCUGUAUUCCUCAAUCACCGGACGACCUUGACAUGCAAACUUCUAAUGAGCGCAUGAUGAAAGAUUCAUGUUUGAACUGCGCAUCUACUAUCAAUCCAAACGACGGCACAGCUUUUCUAAUUCCAUGUCCAUCACGCCACGUUUACUGUAAAAAGUGUCUGCUCAAAUCAUUGAAUGCAUUUCUCGAAUCGCAAUCAACACCUGUCUGCCAUUCGAUGUUUUGUGACUAUCAGCUCUCUCGCUACGACUUAUCGUCGAUUACCUUGGAGCCAGACACUUAUCAACGUCUUCUAACUCUUGUUCAAAACCAACAGCGUCCCCAAUGUCCUCGAUGCCGAUUUUAUAUCGAUCCAGACACGAUGGGUGAUUUCAGAUAUCAUGUCGAAACGUGUGAUCUCGAAGAGUCGGCACUUUGUAACUAUUGUCAUUGUCCAUAUGCUCUGGCACUAUUCGAUGAUCACGUUCGACAGUGCCGUAAUGAAUCAAUGCAUCGACAGCAGAAACUAGUAGAAUUCAUCCUGCCGCGUAUUAAAUAUCCGUUUACUGCUCAACAGAUCGAUUUUUUCAUUGAAAUACAAAAGAAAUAUCGUCGUCCGAUCGAUGCACGCUCCAUUGUCGAUGCAUUGGCAGACUUCAAUGCCACCUUUCCAUUAGAAUUGCCAACUCGGACAUGUGAUGCAUGCGCCGAUUCCUAUCUAUACGAUGAUAUCUAUGUUUUUGGUUGUCCCGAUAAUCAUAAGUUAUGCUACAACUGUUACGAAAGAUCAUGCAGAAUAAAAAAGGAUAAUAAAGAGAUUUUAACGUGCGGUAUGUGUAACUAUCAAUUAACCUACGGUGAACUGAAGUAUUUACGAGUUUCACCAGCGCAAAGAGAUGAAUUCGUUGAAUAUCAAGUGCAAAAAACGUUCGAAAACUAUGCGGGUAGUGGAAAGGGGGUGAUUAAAUGUCCCAAUACAAACUGCAAAUGGGCGUUUGAGCCAGAAAAUCCACGAGAACAGUUCUGUGUCGUAUGUCAAAUGUGUCAUCACGAAUUCUGUUCUCUAUGCAACGAUCAAUACCAUUACCGAACAGAUUGUCAGCAGCUAGCUGAAAUUACUCAACAAUGGUAUUUCUGGUGCAAUACAGAACGAGGUCAUUAUCUGGAAAGAAAGGCCAGAGAGGAUGCUACUUACGCUGCUCGACUGAAAGAAUUUCAACGGCAACAGAAGGAGAAUCGCACACGAAAUGCUGGAUUACAAAAACGUUACCGAGAAUUAUUGGCCGAUGAAAAAUACAAAGAAAAAAACUGUCGUCUUUGUCCACAUUGUAACAGAGUCGUUCAACAUAUGGGUGGUUGUUCGUCAAUGAUUUGUGGACAAGAUUUUCAUGGUGGAAAUAAUCAAUCUGGUUGUGGUCAAAAUUUCACAUGGGAGAGUGCUAAAAAAUACGUACCGACAACAGACCGAAAUCCAGAAGAUGUAAUGCCAGACUUCCAUAAUCCAAGAAAUAAACUUGUUGUGCAUAAUGUAACUUGUGAUGCUUGCCAGAAGACUGUACGUGGCAUUCGAUUUGAUUGUAUUCAUUGUCCUUUAUUGACUUAUUGCGAAGAUUGCGAACAAAAACACACCCUUCUCCAUUCGAACCAGAAUGAGCAAGCAGGAUCACGACAACAUGUGUUCAGAUUGAUUAUGACGCCCGAUACAGCAUAA